AAAAAAAAAUUGAUUCACAACUUUAACCUAAACCCUGAACUAAAACCCCUCAACUUCACCUUCGGCCAGUUCCUCCGCCGUCCCAAUCUCUCCACAGCAUCCCUAGGUUUAAUGGCGAUGACGUCGGAAAAUGAAGAUACAAUGAUUGAGAAUGAAAGUGAAGAUACGAGUGAAGAAAUGUCAUCGUCUGAAUCAGAACAGGAAGAAGAUGUGAAGUUAGCUGAACCAUCAAAAAAUGCAGUGUAUAACAGAGAUGCUCUAUUAGAUAAACUUGGAGAUAUCAGUUGGCCCGAGAAUGUGGAAUGGAUACACAAACUAUCCAUUGAUGUUGAUCAAGAGCAAGAAGUAGAUGUGAAUGAUGAUUUGGCGCGAGAACUUGCAUUUUACACACAGGCAUUGGAGGGAACUAGGCAGGCCUUUGAGAAACUUCAGUCAAUGGGUCUACCUUUUCUGAGACCUGCAGACUAUUAUGCUGAAAUGGUAAAGACAGAUGUCCACAUGGAAAAGGUUAAAGGUAGGCUAUUAACAGAGAAACGAAAGAUGGAAGAGGCUGAAGAGAGAAGAAAGGCGAGGGAGGCCAAGAGAUUGUCUAAAGAGAUUCAGGCUCAGAAACUAAAAGAAAGGGCUAAGCAGAAAAAGCAAGAUAUAGAAUCUGUUAAGAAAUGGAGGAAGCAGAGGCAACAGAGUGGGUUUGCUGACAAUGGCGAUGAUGCAGAUACGGCUUUUGACUUUGAGGAUGGAAAAGUAUUUGAGAGGUCAAAUAAGAAAAGGCCAGGAGUGGCUCCAUGGGAUCGGUCAGGAGGUAAGGCAAAGAAAGCCUUUGGUAAAGGACAGAAACAAAAGAAAAGAGAUGGUAAGAAUUCUAGAUUUGGUUUUGGAGGCAAAAAGGGGUUGAAAAAGCAGAAUACAGCUGAGACCACGAAUGAUUAUGGUAAAUUCAAUAAGGGUGCUGCUGCUGUAAACAAGAAGAGAAAGAGGUAAAUGCAGUGUUUUUUUGUUGUAUUGAGGAAGUGAUGUCUCGGAAGAGCCAAUGACCGAAACCUAGGAAUUUUCAUCUAGUUUAAUUUUAUAUUUUGGAUGAAUUUAUGUUAACUUGAUAAGCUUUAUCGACAACUGAAGAUUCUUAAAAAUGUCUACUUCAAUGUUUUUGACGUUUUUCUAAAUGAUUAGUUUCUUUAUGUUGUAGUUAUUGAGUAAACCAGAGUAGACAUAUUUGGUGUACUGUUUUGUUUGUCUAUUUAUUUAUUUUUAUUUCAGAUACUCAUUCCUGGGAAUGUCAGAAACUAAGGAUAUCCUACCAUAUAUGGAUUCCA